AUGUGCCUCGCAGAACACAUAUACUACAUCAACUGCGGCUGCUGGGAGGGCCGGCACAUCCGCUGGCAGUGCCCGCGCGGCAGCCCCCGCGGCGCGGGCGCCUGCCCGGACGUCGAGUGCUCCGGCGUGUUCCGCAAAUGGGGCCGUUGCCUCGUCUGCCAGCGGCGCCAGGCCCAGGAGCGGCGACAGCAGCAACAUGUCUUCGUCACCGGUACUGACCACGGCAGCCAUACCGCGGCGGCCCUCCUGCAUCCUAACCUCACUCGAUGGCGGGCGCGCGACGAGGGACGUUGGGAGCAGGGCCCCACACGGACCAGUGGCAUCGAGUGGCAUCAUCGAUUCGACCGUCUGCGCGUCUGA